GAAUGACUAGGAGUGAACGGAGAGUUGAGGCAAUAUUUAAGGGAGCGCCUAAAAGUCGUUUUUUGGUUAGCCUGGGCUGUCAAGAGAGAUGGAACAACUGAAUCCGCACAGCAUUCUGGUGACCGGUUCCAAUCGGGGACUUGGCUUGGAGCUGGUCAGGCAGCUGGUACAGAAGAGUAACCCCCCAAAAUGGAUCUUUGCCACUUGCCGGGACCCAGCUGGAUCUGGUGCUCAGGAUCUGAAGAAUUUGGCUGCUGAACACCCGCAAAUUGUCAUCAUCGCAUUGGACACAAAUGAUCCAUGCAGCGUGAAGGAUGCUGCAGCUAAAGUCACAGAACAUCUAAAGGGAGCUGGACUGAACCUGCUGGUUAACAAUGCAGGGAUUUUAAAACUGAGCACCAUAGAGACAGAAACACCAGAAAACAUGUCGGAGGUAUACAAAACCAACGUCAUUGGGCCCAUGAUCGUCAGUCAGGCGUUCCUUCCCUUGCUAAGGAAAGCAUCCCAAAAAAGUCCCCAGAAAGGCAUGAGCUGCAACAAAGCAGCCAUCCUCAACGUAACUAGCGAGUGUGGCUCCAUGACAAACCUCUUUGCCUGGAACCUGAAUGAGGUGAUCUCUUAUCGUUGCAGCAAGUCUGCUCUGAACAUGCUCACUCGAUGCCAGUCCAUGCACUUUGCCAAAGAUGAGAUUCUGUGCAUUACAUUGCACCCUGGGUGGGUGCAGACUGACAUGGGAAACGAAUUGGGAAUGCCCCCACUGACAAUGGAGCAGAGUUUGCGAGCUAUUCUGAACACCCUUGGCCGUCUCUCUGAGAAAGAUCAUGGCACAUUUAUUAACUGGGAAGGGAAUCUCAUUCCCUGGUGAGACAACCAGGAAUCUGCUCCACUGUAUUGCAGAAUAAUGUUCUCAUCAAAGGCAAUGCAGCUUUAUGUCUUUAAUGCACCCUGUUUCCUGCUCUGGUGCUAUGUGCUCCAAUUCUCCCAUUUUCUUUAGUUACUCUGUCUGGUGCCCAUAAAACCUUGCUCACAAAGGGUCUUUUCAGCCGUGUUUAAUCCGAUCUGAUCUUCUAGGUCUCACUGCCAAAGACUGCAAAAGCGUCCACUUCUGUCUUGCAAGCUCGGGGGUCAGCAACCUGUGGCUCUGGAGCCGCAUGUGGCUCUUUCACCUCUCUGCUGCAGCUCCCUGUCUCUCAAAAUAUGCGUCACAACCACCAAUGUGCAACACCCACCGGCAUGCAAUUUAUUGAGCUUUUCAACCCCUAGUAGGCCAACCAUGGAUAAAUCCAAGAAAAGAAAAGUUUCAGAAGAAAACAGAAUGUUUAAUUCAACUACAUAUGCUAGUUUUGUGGCCGCUGAAGAAAUAGUCAGGCACAGGAAAGGUUUUGUGGCUCCCGGUGUUUUCUUUUCUGUGGGAAACAGGUCCAAAUGGCUCUUUGAGUGUUUAAGAUUGCAGACCCUUGUACAAGCUGAAGAUAAUUCCCCCACCCCCCUGACCUCUGGAAUCUAAACCACACUGAUGGGAAAUUCCUGACUUCAUUGCAAUUGGGAAUAACGUUCUGGAAAGAGUAAACAUUCCAGAUUGAAGUCUUAGGGCAGAGAAUUGGUUGGAGUGAGCUGUUGGGGCUACAACUUCAAGAUAGGUUCAAAUUUGACCCAUCCGAAAGCCGUUUUUGCUGCCAUGCCAGUCUGCUCUAUUGAACGAAGAAGCAAAAGCUAUGUUCCAAAAAGUAUAUAUAAAAACACAGCCAUUUUUGUAUCAAUUUUCAAUGCAAUACAAUAAACUUUUAAAGCAAUUA